ACCGUCGAAAUAGUUUGUUGUAGCAUAGAGGCGAAGGCAGGUCGAGAACUCCGAAGCGAUGGAGGAGGAGGAACUGAAUCGGAAGAUCGAGGCGGCCGUGGUCGAGAUCCUGCGCGAAUCCGACAUGUCCUCUACCUCCGAAUCCAUGGUCCGCUCGACGGCCAGCAAGCGCCUCGGCCUCGAUCUCUCCAGCGGCGUCCGCAAGCUCUUCGUCCGCGGCAUCGUCGAGUCCUUCCUCGAAUCGCAGCAGACUGAGGAUGAAGAGGCCGUGGGAGACUUCCCCGCAAUCAGUUUAAAGGGAGAAGAAGAAGAAUCUGCGGAGCAACCGGCAGCUGAUCGAGAGGAGGAAGCAGAGGGUGGGUGUUCCACUACGAGAAGUCGUCGCAGACCCAACGAGUGCGAUGAUGAGGGCGAUCUCAGCCUUUGCCGCUUGCCAAAUAAGCGAAGGGUGGCACUUCAGGAUUUCAAAGGAAAGACGCUGGUGUAUAUUCGAGAGUACUAUCUGAAAGACGGCGAAGAACUGCCUUCCUCCAAAGUACAUAGUGCCCAGAUUAUUCUGAGGAUUGUGGGGGAUUGUUUUACUCCAGAUGGUCAUAGUGUAGCUGCUUAUAUAAGCAAAAAAUUUAGAGAGCGUCAAUGUGCUUCUGGUACUACAUGGAGACAUGUAAACCAAGAUUUGAAAGACUUUUAUUAUCAGGAAUUUUUGAAACAAUAUACUUGGGAGCCAGGCCACGAGUCACAAUUUAAAAAAAUAUGGAAUAAUUAUUGUGCAAAAUUAUAUAAGGACUUGUUAUUCAAGUGGAGAAGGAAGGGAACAAAACCAUCCCAUGUACCAAAUGAGAUUUGGGAUGCAUGGAAGAACACUUGGGCUACUGAAAAAUGGCAACAAUAUUCAUCGACUGCUCGAAAUAAUAGAAAUACAGAGGUCGCUGGCCCAAGCACAGGAUCCACAAAGCAUACGGCUGGGUCACGAUCUAUUGUAGAGCAUGCAAUAGACUUGACUGAUAUUUUAGAGAGACGUCCUACUUGUUGGGAGGUAUUUCGCAAUACACACAAAAAGAAGGAUGGCACCUUUGUCGAUGCUCGAUCAAAAGCCAUAGACGAUGAAAUCACUUAUCGAGUUACUCAGGCAUCUCAGCCUGUUAUAGAGGGAGAGGAGUUACAAACUCCAUCAGACGAUGUAUUAGAUGAUAUAUAUUAUGACGUUGUUGGUGGAACGAAAAAAAACUCCAUCUACGGCCUUGGCUCCCAAGCAAAAGUUGCAUAUGAACGUGUGAUGGCUCCUAAGCUCAAGGGUCGUCCUACUUCUUCAUCUACUCGAGUGAAAACGUUAGAACAAGAAAAUAAAGAAUUAAGGGAUCGGAUCACAGCAAUAGAGCAGUCGAUGGAAGAUCGAGUCAAGACGUUAAUACAACAGCAAAUGCAAGAAUUUAUUGAUAGAAUGAGUCCAAAUUUUCAAACAUCGCAUCGUUUUGACUCGCAGGAAGUUCAAGACCCAAACACUCCUGAAAAGUAGCUUCCGAGGCAUAAGUCUGACAAUUGAACAGUGGCAAGCUUUUCGGAAAGCCGUUCCCAAUAUCACCGCUGCGAUAAAGAAGCUCGGAAGGUUCCGACUAAAGGUGCUUGGAUCGCAAGUUUUUGAUUGCCUGAGAAGUAUCAGGGGUUUUGUUUUGCCUCAUGUCAUUAAAGUAGGCUCUCUUUAGUUUUGUCUACUACUUGUUAGGCCUAAAUCUUAUAUAUAUGGUGACUUCCUUUUGCGGGGAUUUACACUACUUAUCCUCUUUGUGAAAAGCUUCUCAUGGAGAUUUUGGAUGAUGGUAUGUGAACAAAGAUAUAUGGGAAACUUCAUUUGACUCAUUUGACAAACGAAUGAGUCAUUUCUUUA